AUGAGUAAUUUUGAUAGAGGAAACAGUUUUGAACUCGAAAUAUUAAAAAUUGCUAAGAAAAUAAUGAUAUGUUUUAGACCAAAAAUAGAAUUAUCUAGUGGAGACAAUGGAAUCGACAUAUGGGGAAUAUAUGGGAAUUAUUUAAUAUUAAUUCAAUGUAAAAUUAUACUAAAAGUGUUGGUACGCACUAGUGUUGUAGCUAGUCUUGAAAGCAUACUGUCAGCAUGUCCUCCAAAUACUCUCAGCGUUGCAGUGAUCCCAUUUAAAACAAAUUAUACCAAAGAUGCCUUUAGAAUGGCAGCAAUUUCUAAAUAUAAUAUCAUUUUGACAAAAGACAACGAGUUUUAUUUAGACAUGAAAAAAGCUAUUGAUAAUCUCAACAAUAAUAAUACCUUAACAAACGAAAAAGACGCGGGAGGGAAUGGACUAAAAAGGGAUAAAAUAGAAAGAAAAGCUAAAAAAUUGAAAAAAAUAGACUUAUUCGAAUAUUAG